GGUAACUGGUGGCAUUGAAGCAGUGAGAGCCCACAACGAAGCUCUUAUGCCCAAAGUGAUAGAGGUCAUGACAUCAGUGUAUAAUUUAACGCAGAAGCUCUACGAGGAUUACGAAAUUCUUGACUUGCCAUAGGAGUUGUGUUUGCUGUCAUGCAAGAAGGAGUACGGACUUGUUUAUAGAAUGGGCAUCUAAAGAUAGAUUUCAUUUAAUUACUUUUUUACUUUUUCCUGCUAUUUGCAAUGUGUGAAGAAUAUGGUAGGGGAUGUAAAAGUAAGGAGCAUUGGUAGUCCUUAAAGGGAGCUCCUGCAAAACUUUAAGAAUGAAUAUUUAUGAGGAGGAAUAAUUUAUCUCUCUCUCCUUCCUUCCUUCCUUCCUUCUUCCUCCCCUCCCCCCUCCCUCCCUUCGUCUAUCCCUGUAUUCUCCAUUUUUUCUAUACUCUCUUCUUUCUUGUUUUUAUGCUGAUUAUUGUGUGAAGCAUAAGGUGGAGGAAUUGUGCUAAGGAGAUUUGCUAGUGAGAUUUUAUGCUCUUUUUGAGGCUAUAACUGUAUAAUGCAGUGGGAAAUGCAUUUCACUUUACCUCACAUUGUAGAAUUCAGUUGUAAAAGGAGUUUUCAAUAUCACUUCACACACAUUUUUUAUUGUCAGUUAAAAAAGAAAAGAAAAAAAAGGCAAAUAUACUGUGGAUGAUAUCUUUACUUAUUUCACACCAAGGACAUAGGAAGUCAAAUUGCUGAUGUGUAAUGGUACUUGGCAUCAAUGUUACUGCAAUCAUAAGAAAAGCUGAAUUAUAAGAAUUCCCUUUGAAUCUGAAAGCAUGUUUUUGUUUAUUUCCUUGAUUUCAUUGCAGUUUUAAAAAGUCUGGCUUAUUUGUUAUGGUAUGGUUGUAAUUCAAUAUCUAACCCUUUUCUGCAUGCAGGCACAUGUACAGACAUAUAAAUACAUAAUUGUAUUGCCAUAUAGAUAUAAAAAAAUAUGUACUGCUCUCUUGUUGAAUAUAUAUUCUAUAUAAAUAGCUCCUCCUCCUUUUUUUUUUAUUAUCAUCAUCGACAGUAGGCAUUAAAUGGCACUAACUGACUUAUUUUAUAAUGGAGACUAUCAUUAAGGUAAGUAUAUAGACAUAUCCUUAAGCUGUAGAGGGCCAAUAUACACAACUAUAUUUAUUUUUCUAUUUUUUAUCCUUUUAGCAGACAGUUUUGUCCAGAGUUUGUAGAGGACACUGGUGAUUUUGUAUGAUCUGAAGUAAAUCUUGUGGAAAGGACAGGCUUUUUAUUUUUGU